AUGUCUGCGAUGUCCUCAAAGCUUGACAUAAACAUUCGCCUGGAUGGAAUGAAAGAGAAUGCUCCCCGACUGGAGAAUUCGUGGUAUGGCCCCAUCCAGUCAUAUCUGGACAGCCUGUUCACAAGUCCCAAUGGUCAUAUGGUCAAACCUCAAGGCGCAUUACGCAAACCGGCAAAGAACCAACCAAAACCUGUUGACAGCGAUGAGGACAGUGACACAUCAUUGAUGUCAUUGGACUCUAGUGGAGAUUUAGUGAUCUCUCGCAAACUUGGUGGGCAAGAAAAGGGCAUAAUGCUACCCGACUUCAUAGUCACCGUUGCAGCCAACGAACCACCGACACGCUUCGAACCGCACGCGACGGAUCCGAAUGAAGACAAAAUUGACGACGAUGAAGUUGAAGGCAGCGAUAUAGCAUUUUUACUCGUAGAGGUGAAGAUCAAGAAGGAUCAACGGGAGGAAGCGUUAGAUCAGGUCGAGCGUUAUCUCAAAAGACUUCAGCAGAAAUCUCUCCAUGACAAGACUCUGACGGGCCUUGCAGUGGCAGGUGGAUGGGUAUCGGUGACGCGGCUGGAAAAACAUCAGAAAGACCCUGUGAGGGACACAGUACUGGAUCAGGUUUGGAUUACAGAUCCUCGUAUUUGGGCGCUGCUCCAGGACCUCGCGGCAGAAUGGGCUGAAUGGUGUCGUCCCGACCGGACAGUGUAUUCUAUGGCAGUCAACGGCCUCGUCUAUAAGGACUUUCGCACGGGAAAGGUGUGGAAUUCGUUCGAGCUGUACUGGAAACUGGUUAGUGGCAGUGCUUUGAGAGGAUUUGAUGAGGCAUUAGCAGAAGAAAUAGUCAGUACAAUGGAUCUGGAGGCACCAUUGGGUGAAAAAUACCUGCGAGUGGGGGAUAUAACCCAAUGGGAAGCCAAGCACUGA